CCUUCAGGCAGUAAAAUUAAAGCAAGUCGAAGAGGAGCCCAGGACAGAACGGAACCAGCGAGGGUAACGCAGAGAGAAGGCGUUUGAUUGCGGAAUGACGGUACUGCAGGAACCUGUCCAGGCUGCAGUUUGGCAUGCGCUUAACCACUACGCCUAUUGGGAUGCAGUGUUUCUUGCAGAGAGGCUGUAUGCUGAAGUUCAUUCCGAAGAUGCACUUUUCCUGUUGGCUACAUGCUACUACCGCUCAGGAAAGGCUUACAAAGCAUAUCUCCUCCUGAAAGGGCACAGCUGCACAACUCCUCAAUGCAAAUAUCUCCUCGCCAAGUGUUGCGUGGAACUAAGCAGGCUCGCGGAAGGGGAGCAGAUCUUAACAGGAGGCGUGCUGAACAAACAGAAAAGCCAGGACGACAUCGUCACCGAGUUUGGGGAGUCGGCGUGCUUCACCUUGGCUCUGCUGGGCCAAAUAUACUGCAAAACGGACCGUUUAGCUAAAGGUUCAGAAUGUUACCAAAAGAGCCUGAGUUUGAAUCCUUUCCUCUGGUCUCCCUUUGAGUCUCUCUGUCAGAUAGGUCAGAAGCCAGACCCCGAUCAGAUGUUCAAACUGACGUCUCUGCAGAACUUCAGCUGCAGCAGCCAGCCCAUGGGUGCAGUCGGCACCCACACCUCCAGCCACUGUGUGCCCCACAGACAGAUGGACACUGUUCUCAUGGAGACCCCACAAGACACUUUAGAAUUAAAUAGACUCAACCUAGAAUCUUCAAAUUCCAAGUUUUCAUCUUUGAACAUGGAUUCCUCUGUGUCCUUCAUCGACUCCUCUGUAAUAUCCCCUGAUUCUGUGUCCCAUGGGACUGGAAGCUCUCUCCUAUCAAAACAAGCACCAAACAAACCAAAAAGUGGCCGAAGUCUGCUCGGGGGACCGGCAGCCCUCAGUCCGCUCACUCCUAGUUUUGGAAUCUUACCACUGGAACCAAGUCCUGGAGAUUCAUCAUACCUACAGAACUUCACCCACACGGGCUCUGUCAUGGACCCACCCCCUCCUGGAGUCCCACCAAAGAAAUCUGUAGCCCGAAUAAGCCAAGUUGGAACGAAAUCGGUGUUUGCACAAAGUGGGAACAGCAGAGAGGUCAUCCCCAUACCUUUUAACCAGACGCAGAGCACUUCCCCACAGACCAGUACAACACCUCAAGUGCUGAGCCCAACCAUCGCUGCACCCCCAAACGUGCAGCCAAGGAGGAGCUCCAGACUGUUUACCAGCGCCAGCUCCACUGCCAAGGAGAACAGCAAAAAAUUGAAAAUGAAGUUCCCCACCAAAAUCCCAAACCGCAAAACGAAGACAAAAACCAGUAAAGGUGGCUUGACUCCCUCCAAUAUGAAUGACAGCAUUGAGCUCCUGAAGCUGGACUCCUCCAUCAUGUCUGACGGGAAGGGGAACAUGGCUGCACCUCAGUUACAGGCCUUCACUCUCCAGAAAGCUGCUGCAGAUGGGCUCAUGAGCUUGAUGCGAGACAUGGGGAAGGGCUACCUGGCACUUUGCUCCUACAACUGCAAAGAAGCAAUCAACAUCCUCAGCCAGCUGCCUUCCCACCACUACAACACGGGCUGGGUGCUGGGGCAGAUCGGCAGAGCACACUUUGAGCUGGCAGAGUACAUGCAGGCAGAGCGCGUAUUCUCUGAGGUGCGUCGCAUCGAGAGCUACCGGGUAGAGGGCAUGGCAAUCUACUCCACCACACUGUGGCACCUCCAGAAAGACGUGGCCUUAUCAGCCCUAUCUAAAGACCUCACUGACAUGGACAAGAACUCACCAGAGGCCUGGUGCGUGGCUGGAAACUGCUUCAGCUUGCAGCGGGAGCAUGACAUCGCCAUUAAGUUCUUCCAGAGGGCCAUUCAGGUGGACCCGAGCUUUGCCUACGCCUACACGCUGCUGGGCCACGAGUUUGUGCUGACGGAGGAGCUGGAGAAGGCCUUGGCCUGCUUCCGCAACGCCAUCCGCGUCAACACCAGACAUUACAACGCAUGGUAUGGCUUAGGAAUGAUCUAUUAUAAGCAGGAGAAGUUCAACUUGGCAGAAAUCCACUUCAAGAAAGCCCUCAGCAUCCACCCACAGAGCUCUGUCCUCCUCUGUCACAUCGGAGUGGUGCAGCAUGCACUGAAGAAAUCUGACCAUGCAUUAGAAACUCUCAACAAAGCCAUCAGUAUUGACCCCAAGAACCCGUUAUGCAAAUUUCACAGGGCCUCCAUCCUGUUUGCUAAUGAGAAGUACAAGGCUGCUCUGCAAGAACUUGAAGAACUGAAACAAAUAGUGCCCAAAGAGUCCCUUGUUUACUUUUUAAUAGGGAAGGUGUAUAAGAAACUGGGUCAGACGCACUUAGCAUUGAUGAAUUUCUCCUGGGCAAUGGACCUAGAUCCCAAGGGGGCUAACAAUCAGAUUAAAGAGGCCAUAGAUAAGCGAUACCUCCCUGACGAUGAGGAGCCUGUCACUCCUGAUGACUACCAUUAUGAUUCAGCAGAGGCAGAGGAGUCUCAGGAGAGCAGCAUGACGGAUGCAGAUGACACGCAGCUCCAUACCGCUGAGAGUGACGAGGUCUUUUAACCCCGGCCGUGCUGAUGUGGAAUCGCACUCUCCAGGAAAAAAGAAACAAGAAAACAAAAUGCUGCUAAUACAGUACCUCUUUAACUCUAGCUUCUGUUUUACCAUCUACUCUCUUUGUUUAUCUUCACCACCUUCCACUAUGCCUUAGUGAUCACUGGGCUCCCAUCACGGCGAAUACCCCAUUGUUCCCAUUCCCUCUGAUCUGUGUACUGUAGCUCAGAUGGCAACAAAUCCUCUUAUCCCACAGUCUCCAGUCCCACAGUCUCCAGUCCCACUCCAAUGCCGCCCGUUGUGUUUCUGCAUCCGCAUCCAUACUUCUGCAUACACUGACCAGUUUCCUUGCUCGUUAAGAAAAAAGCCAUUUAUCAAUGUCCAAGUAUCUGUUUCCAUAUUUAAAAAAAUAUAUUUUUAAAUUGAAUAAAGUUGAAUAUAGAAAAAUGGCCCUCUGAUUUCUGUUCUGAAUGCUCACAAAUGGAGUCGCCUUCAUCCAUUUUAGUGGUGUAGGGCAUUCAGGCAGUGUGAGGACUGCAGAAGCAUACGUGCUUCUGUCAGCACUUUACACCCAUGGUCUCUCUUGACUAUAGUGGACCGUCUUAAUAUUGUAGUCACUCAAUUGUGUUGUAAUGAACAAGGUCCUAGUCAUACAUUUCAGAUUGAUUAUUGGGUGUAAUCAGUUUUUUGUACAUGUUCACAAUGCAUUACAAUUUCAGAUGGGAUCCACUUAUAAUGGUGAGUGGAAAAGCCUCCCUAAUAGGCAUUUUAUUUUGUUAUUUAUUUUAUUUUUAUUCUUUUGUUCUUGGAAGUGCAUAUUUUACCUGCAUGUGGAAACGGUAUGCAUUCCAUCGAGGCCAUUGAUAAAUGUCAUGUGGGGGUAUGUAAUCCAUGUUCCUCGCGUGAGAAGUAGUUUAGUCUGAUACUGGGCACAUUGACACCUUCCUGCAGAUGGUUGCACAAGGGCUCUGGGGUGUGUAUUGGAGAUGCCAUUCCUUAUUCCUUUUUUUUUUUCAGUAGAUGUUCCAGAAGGAUGAUGACAAUAUAUUUUCCUUUGCCUGAGAUUCAGGGAGCAACAGUAAUACCUUUCGAACAAAUACAAUCAAAAUACGUUUAGGAAGAUUCUGUUUUUUUCCUCAUACAUUUAUAUAAUUAAAUUGUGUUGAGUUUCCUGUGAGAGGCAAACUUAAUUGUGAAUGCUCUCAAUGAAUAUCAUUGCAGAACUACUUAAAGGAUUUAAAAGGGCCUUUUGUUGCACAAUAAACCAUUAACAAAUCCUACCCUGGGAGAAGUUUAUUAAUUUGCCAAAGUUGUGCCAUUUCUCUAUCAAUGUAAAUUUACUUUCAGUGUUGAAAACAUGCCCUGUUUUAGAGUAAGAUGAUGUCUAGUUGAGUUGAACAUGGUGAAGCUGAAAUCUGCCUCUUAAAAAAGAAAGCAACAAUCAGUCAUUGCAUUGUGUCUGCAGAAUGAGUGUGGUGAACAUGUUUUUCAUUGUGUCUUAUUUUCAAAUUGUACAGUCUUAGGGAAAAGGUAUAUGUUAAUAUAUAUAUAUAUUUGCAACAUUUUAAGGAUGUGAAAAAUAAGAAGAAUAAAAUACUUUGAACAAA